AUGGAGCCUAAUGUAAAUCAAAAAGUUGCCUGUGUGGUUAAUUAUGCAUAUGAUGCAUCUGAACCAGAUGAGCUGACUAUUAGGCCUGGUGACAUAUUGAAGGAUAUAGAAAGGCUACCAGGUGGUUGGUGGAGAGGCGAGCUCCGCGGUAGAAAGGGAAUGUUUCCAGAUAAUUUUGUGACUGUGCUACAAGAAAAUGCUACAAAUAGGAAUAGUGUGGUGCAGGGACGUUGUCGUGCUGUAUUUAGCUACCAGCCUGCUAAUCCUGACGAGCUUUCAUUGUGUGUUGGAGACGUACUGGACGUGCUUGGAGAGGUUGAAGAGGGCUGGUGGCAAGGUCGUCGCAGCGGUAGGGUAGGAGUGUUUCCAUCAAAUUUUGUAGUGAUGUUAGAACCCCCCGCGCAUUUGGCCCAUCCGGCGCCACCCGUUGAACCGGCGCCCGCAUUACCACCUAAACCUGUGAAGGAACAAUGCCGUGUGCUGUUCCCAUACACGGCCGUGAACGAGGAUGAGCUGACGCUUGGCGAGGGCGACAUAGUGACCAUUGUGUCUAAGGACGCACCAGACCGCGGCUGGUGGCGGGGCGAAGUCAAUGGGCGAGUUGGACUCUUCCCGGAUAAUUUCGUUCAGUUACUGCCAACAGUAGCACAAGAUGUGGAGGAGAAAAAGCCAGAACGACCGCCGACGAAAGCAGCCAACACUAUCUACCCCGUACUGAAUAAAUACUCUGAAAAGACGUCGUCAAUUAAAGAACUCACCACUACUAAAGUUAGUAUGCACAAAGAAAACACAACUAACAAGGAAAGUAGUACGCAAAGUACAGUCACCCACACCAUUAAGAGCGAGUCCGAAAAACUGAUACACAAUGAAAAUGUCAACGAUUGUACUGUGGAUGGACAGGUAAAAAAACCUCCAGUGCCUGUUAAGAAGAGUCCAACGCCAACGUCGGCGGUGAGUGGACUCUUCAGCGGCCUAAAAAACAAAAUGCUCUCAUCGUCAGACAAGUCUGAGAAGACCUCUACGUCGAUUUCGAAUAGUAGCAACAGUAGCGUGGAGGGAGACAAGACAGAUGGCGUAGCUUCGAGUAAAGCUGCUACCAACACUAACACUUUCGAUCACGUUGAACGGAACUCCAUUCUCAAUGACCCCAGAGCUAGCAGAGUGAAAGCACCACGACGUCGGCCGCCCAGCCAAGUAAUCCGAGACGACUCACCUGUCUCACUUGGUCUAACAAACGGACAUGAAGUGCCAACAGAUAAAAGUGUACCCGCCGAGAAACCCUCAGAAAAGCCCUCAACAGAUAAAGCUCCAGAAAUUAAGCCGAAAGCUCGUGAAUGGGAGAAACAUAGAGCUCCCUGGAUGGAGGAGUUAAAACUGAACCAGGCUAAGAAAGGAGGUCUGGGUGAUAGGAAACAACACACAAGCACUGAUAGAAUCGUCGACUGUGGCGUAGAAGAAAAGAGAUCCACACAUUCCAUGGAAAUGUCUAAGAGCACAUCGUCUAUAAGUAGUCGAAUAUCUGUUAUGGAGAGUUUCGAGUCUAACUUUGAAAAGUCACGUAAUUCCCUGGACAAGAAGGAGAGUCCUCCAGAAUUGCCCACAAGCAAACCCCCACCACUAAAUUCACCCACCGCUGCUGGUCGAACAUUAACCACAAUGCUCGACGAAAUCAGAAAGCCGCUAGCUCCUUCACCGCCCCUCGCGUCGGUGCGACUGGAUCUAGACAAAUCGUCCGACAGAUCUCUCGACUCGUCUAGCAAAUCGCUAGACACAUCCGGUAGAUCGCUGGAUAGAUCGGACCGAUCCGAUAAACCUGAGGUUCGAGAAAAGAUAGAUAUAAAAACUGAAAGAUUGGAGACCAUUAGCAGGUUUUCCAGCGUUUUCAAUGAAGUUGAAGAGAAGGGUGUAGCUUUCAGCUCAAGUACAGUGAACACUGGUAUCAGCCCGAAUGGGGGUAGUUCAAAUGAGAAAACAAGUACAAUAGAGAGGCGACAUUUUAAGUCAGAGGAGGGAAGCGAAGCGCUAAUUGCGCAGUUAAGUGACAGGAUAUCGAACCUAGAGAAGCUUAUAGAAGUACAAAACGCCAAAUUCACGACAGCCAUCGAGGAACUAUCGAACAAAUUGAAGUUUGAAACCGAUAAGAGACAAGCGCUCCAAAGCGACAUGGAGAAAUUAGCACAAUGCGUCACGCAGGUCUAG